AUGAUAAAUGCGAGUGUCGUCACAGAAUUUAUCCUCAUGGGAUUCUCAGAUAACCCCAAAGAUAAAAUUACUCUUUUUGUUGUAUUUCUAUUAAUGUAUUUUAUCACUUUGGGGGGCAGUUUGCUAAUUAUUGUACUGACAGUGAGUGACGCCAGACUCCAUAACCCAAUGUACUUUCUCCUUAGUAACUUGUCUUUUGUCGACAUGUGCUCUACGAGCACCACAAUGCCCAAGAUGCUGGUGGGGCUGCUCUCCGGGAAUAAAACCAUUUCAUUUCCCUUCUGCAUCACUCAGCUCUUUUUCUUUGUCACGUUUGCUACAACUGGGAUAUUCCUCUUGGUGUCGAUGGCCUAUGACCGUUAUGUGGCCAUAUGUAACCCCUUACAUUACACUUUAGUUAUGGCCAAAUGGACCUGCUUCACACUGGUGGCCGUGUCAUGGACAAUCUCUUCCCUUCAUUCCCUGCUACACAGCAUUAUGGUCUCAGUGCUACGAUAUUGUGGCCCAAAUAUAAUCCCCAAUUUCUUUUGUGACAUCCCCCCUUUAUUAAAGCUGUCAUGUUCCGACACGUCAGUCAUUGAGGUGGCAAUCUUUGUUGAAGGAAGCGUAAUAGCCAUGGCUUCCGUAUUUCCCAUUAUCCUAUCAUAUUUUCGCAUUAUAUCCACCAUUCUAAAAAUUAGUUCAGGAGAAGGGAGAUGGAAAACAUUUUCGACCUGCUCCUCGCACCUGACAGCAGUGACCUUAUAUCUGGGAACAGCCAUCUUCACGUAUAUAAAGCCUUCUUCUAGCUACUCCUUAGACAAGAGUGGCAUCAUCACUGUUAUGUAUACAAUAGUAACCCCCAUGUUAAACCCGUUCAUUUACAGUCUUAGGAAUAAUGAUGUUAAAAGGGCUCUGAGAAAGAUGUUAAGCCAAAAAAAACUCUGGAAGUAA